GAGGUUUUAGUUCCCGUUUCGCGGGUUGARAACCGGACAAGACAACAUGGACGUAGAGAUGGCAGAGAGGGAAAGUGAGCAGAAGCCGAGUGGAAGCGGGGUAAAGACGGACACCGAGGCCGGGGAGUCCUCGUCGAAAAGCUCCGGGAGUUCCUACGAGCUGCCCUGGGUGGAGAAGUACCGGCCGCUGACACUGAAUGAGAUAGUUGGGAACGAGGAGACAGUGAGCCGCCUGGGGGUGUUCGCCAGGGAAGGAAACGUCCCGAACAUCAUCAUCGCAGGACCUCCAGGGACAGGGAAGACCACCAGCAUCCUGUGUUUGGCCCGCACUCUGCUGGGGGCCGCCAUGAAGGACGCCGUGUUGGAGCUCAACGCCUCCAAUGAAAGGGGCAUCGAUGUGGUGAGAAACAAGAUCAAGAUGUUCGCUCAGCAGAAAGUCACGCUGCCCAAAGGUCGACACAAGAUCAUCAUCCUGGAUGAAGCGGACAGCAUGACGGAUGGCGCUCAGCAGGCGCUCAGGAGGAUCAUGGAGAUCUACUCCAAAACUACGCGCUUCGCUCUCGCCUGCAACGCCUCCGACAAGAUCAUCGAGCCGAUCCAGUCGCGCUGCGCCGUGCUGCGCUACGCCAAGCUGACGGACGGCCAGGUGCUGGCCCGGCUGCAGGAAGUGGUGGAGCGAGAGCAGCUGGCCGUGUCCGACGACGGGCUGGAGGCCGUCAUCUUCACAGCGCAGGGGGACAUGCGGCAGGCGCUGAACAACCUGCAGUCCACCCACUCUGGCUUCGGCUACAUCAACAGCGAGAACGUGUUCAAAGUGUGCGACGAGCCGCACCCCUUGCUGGUGAAAAGCAUGCUGGGACACUGCGUGGCGGGGGACGUGGACGCGGCGUACCGGGUGGUGGAGCAGCUGUGGGCGCUGGGCUACUCCCCCGAGGACAUCAUGGGGAACAUCUUCAGGGUCUGCAAGACCUUCCAGAUGGCCGAGUACCUGAAGCUGGAGUUCAUCAAGGAGAUCGGCUUCACUCACAUGCGGGUGGCUGAAGGGGUGAACUCCCUGCUGCAGAUGGCCGGCCUGCUGGGGAGACUCUGCAGCAAGACGGCGCCCCCUGCUGCCAGCUGAACACCAUGAACCCAACAGACUUCAUUCCUCAUCAGAACCACGAUGUGGCUGGAACAAACUGGACCUGAGAGGAUGAGGACAGUUUCUGACCCCUGGAGGUGCUGAAGGGUUAAAGUUUUCCCACCUUAGAUAAUAAACUGCUUGAUCUGCAGUUAGGUUUUAUUCAUAAUUAAUUUGCUGUUUUUGAUGGAAGUGGAAGGAAUAAAGUUGGAGGCGGUUCUGAUCCAG